CCAUUCAACGAUCGGAGCCAGCCCGCGCGCCGGCCUCGCACGCGCACCGGUGACACACGAACGAACGUAAACACUAACAGUGAUUCCAAUUACAAAAAAUUUUUUUAAUCCUCCAAAAGUGCGAGUGGCCAGUUUUCAGUGAACAAAAAAACCGCGUUCGGAACAUGGACUUGCCCGAAGGAACAUCAAUGCGUUGUUCAUGGAUGUCUUUUUAACUGGUGUGUGAUGUUUGUUUAUGUUUUUUGUUGCUUCGUAGACAAAUGAGAGACCGCUUUCGUUCAGGAAUACGCGUUGACAUUAAACAGUUGACCAACGAUUUUCCCAAAAAGCUAUUGGUAGCUGUAACGGUAGUGAUAAUCGUAGCGAUGUGCCUGAGGCCAGCAGAGGCAGCUUCCAUAGAGCACAAGAGACAAAGAGGCCUGCACGACAACAUGAAACCAACCAAAGACUCCAGCGUGUCGCGGACAGAGGCUCUGCUGAAGGACCACAAGAGGCGGCAUCAAGGCCAGAAGAACGGGACCCACACAACCAAAGAUACCCUCGGGAGUUUAAGAAGACAGACGGACCCGUACGAGAGAGCGCGAAUAAAGAUAGAGAAUAAAGUGGCGUACACGAAAGACAACUUUGACGAGAGGCGGAAGGAGCUGAAGGAAUCUGGAGAUUAUGGCUCCGGGAUGCCGACGUGGCUGCCCAAGACUAACUUCGUGGAUAUCCACUUCCACAACUACAGAAUCUCACACAAAAAUGAGGCGGCGAAAUCGAAACGCAUUUUCGUCUUUCUGAUCCGAAAGCUCUACAAAUCUCUUUUGGAGUACCACGAGCUGUUCAAGCGCUUCAAAGUCGUGGAAGUCGUAUCCCCCGACACACAAAUCACCAGCUACAACGUCAAGAGGCAGGUCAUCUUCACCAAGACGACCGACGACCUCUACAGCGCGAUAGAAGAUAUCAAGGACGCCAUGAUCAGCGUAAAAAUGCCUGCCCCCAAAAUCAACCUGGCCAAAAUGAAGCUAGACACAAUAAAACCUAAAGUAGACGCAGCCAGAUACCUAAAAAAUGACGACAUCCUCCUCAGAGCGUAUGGAAACUUAUUAGAUAACUGGCAUCUAGAGUUCAACUGCUCCAAAUUCAGGAAAACAGGCAAGAACAGAAAAGUAGCGCUGCACAAAUGUGUGCAGUACGAGAACAACCUUAGAGAAAAAAGAAACAAGCGCAAAAGAAAUAAACGCAAGAAGCAGCCGAGCAGCCCAUAAGUUAACUUGCUUUAACGCGGAAUAUAGAUUCUGCAACUUAACNGACUUAAUUUGUAUUUAUUGAACUCAUUGUUGCCGCUUCAGUACUUAUUUAUUUAAAAUUAUGCUCUCUUACAUGAGAUGUUAGGCAUAAUUUGAAUGUUUGACGAUACGAUUUGUUGAUUAAGUAUUGGGUACUUUCUCUGUGAUAUUUAGUAUUGUGUAGUCGUUAAUUAUUAAUUUAUUGAUUAGCAUUUAAGUCGAUGUAAGUCCAACUGUACUUAUGCGCGAUGCUCUUUCUCGUCUUGUCGCUUGAUUUUAUAAUCUCUUAUUUAUUUUCCAUUUCCGAUUGUUGUAAAUCAUGAAUAAUACUUUUAUGCAAAGCAUAGAAACUGUUAUUUCUAUUCAAUCUCCUACUAAUGUAUAUCUCGUAUAGUGUUAUUGUGAGGCAAAUUGUUAUGCCAUUUUCGCCACGAAAGACUUUUAAAUUAAUUUAAGUUGCAUAAUUAAUUUAUGAUCUAUAUUUAACUUAAAUUAUGCAGAGUUGGUUUGAAGUUACAACUAUGAAGAUAUAAAAUAUUUGGCAAUAGAUGAUAAAGUAUAUUUGAUGUAAUUUUAAAUCAACUAUGUACUGUAAAAUAUUGCCGUUAGAUAGUUUGUUAGGUUGUAAACAAUGAACUGAUACCAUGUGAAUAUUACCUUUACUGUGUAAAUAUAAUGCAUAAUUGAAUGCAGAGUUUUCAUUUAACAUUGGACAGA